AUGGCUGCACGACCACUGGCUAGGGCCGUCGCCCGAACAGCCUCCAGCAUCUCUCGCAGGUCGUUCAUCACCGCCGCGAACUCUCGACCGGCCCUUAUCAGCGCUGCCAGAGCUGCAAUUGCGUCCCCCGUCGUCCAGCAGACACGCGGCGUCAAGACCAUCGACUUUGCCGGCACCAAGGAGAAGGUCUACGAGCGUGAGGACUGGCCACGGGAGAAGCUCCUGGAAUACUUCAAGAAUGAUACCCUGGCGCUCAUCGGCUAUGGCUCGCAGGGCCACGGCCAGGGCCUCAACCUGCGCGACAACGGCCUCAAUGUCAUCGUCGGUGUGCGCAAGGACGGUGCCUCGUGGAAGGAGGCCGUUCAGGACGGCUGGGUCCCCGGCAAGAACCUGUUCGACGUCACCGAGGCCAUCAAGAAGGGUACCAUCGUCAUGAACCUGCUCAGUGAUGCCGCCCAGAGCGAGACCUGGCCCACCAUCAAGCCUCUCCUGACCAAGGGAAAGACCCUCUACUUCUCCCACGGCUUCUCGCCCGUCUUCAAGGACUUGACCAAGGUCGAGGUGCCCAAGGACAUCGACGUCAUCCUGGUGGCCCCUAAGGGUUCCGGACGUACUGUCCGCUCUCUCUUCCGUGAGGGACGGGGUAUCAACUCCUCCGUCGCCGUCUUCCAGGACGUGACCGGAAACGCCGAAGAGAAGGCCGUUGCCCUCGGUGUUGCCGUCGGCAGUGGCUACCUCUACAAGACAACCUUUGAAAAGGAGGUCUACUCUGACCUCUACGGUGAGCGUGGUUGCUUGAUGGGUGGUAUCCACGGCAUGUUCCUCGCCCAGUACGAGGUUCUCCGCGAGCGCGGCCACAGCCCCAGUGAAGCCUUCAACGAGACAGUCGAGGAGGCCACCCAGAGUUUGUAUCCGCUUAUCGGUGCCAACGGAAUGGACUGGAUGUACGCUGCCUGCUCCACCACUGCUCGUCGUGGUGCCAUCGACUGGAGCGGCAAGUUCAAGGACACCCUCAAGCCCGUCUUCAACGAACUGUACGACAGCGUCAAGGACGGCAGGGAGACACAGCGCUCUCUGGACUACAACUCGCAGAAGGACUACCGCGAGAAGUACGAGAGGGAGAUGCAGGAGAUCCGCGACCUGGAGAUCUGGAGAGCCGGAAAGGCCGUCAGAUCCCUCCGUCCCGAGAACCAGAAGUAA